AGCAAAGGCAAAGGUUUGGCUUUGACAAUUCCAGUUUUCAGUAUUCAAUAUUCAUUCAUUCCGAUUUCAUCACACACAACACAUACUCUCAUACACAACACAUACAUAGAUACAUACAUAAAUACAUAGUGUGUAGGCGAAAGCACAAGCAAGUGAAUCAAGAUUCGUGUGGUUUGAUCCCCACAACUUUAUAUUCCAAUCGGAGACUUGAUGCUGUUUGCAGGAUAUAGAAAGAGUGAUAAGCAGAGAAUAAAUUAUGAGUCGGUCGAACAAAGAUACAAUAACCUGUAGUGAUGGUAGUGCCAAUAAUGAAUCUCAUGCAAGUGGGAUAGCUGGAGAAGGGACAAGUUGCCUUGAUCAUGAAAUUGCACAGCUCACAAAACUUAGGUCAAGUCCCCAUGAGCUUUUGGUUCGUGUUGGUCCUGGUAGGACAAGGUUACCUGCAUCAACUGUAAGAAUGUUAGUGGGAAGAGAAGGUAAUUAUUCUGGACGAGGGAGAUUUUCCACAGCAGAUGGAUGUCAUUUGUUAAGCCGAUAUUUGCCUACCAAAGGUCCCUGGAUUGUUGAUCAGAUGAAAAGCCGUGCCUAUGUUUCACAAUUUUCAGCUGAUGGUUCUCUUUUUAUUGCUGGAUUCCAGGGAAGCCACAUAAGGGUCUAUGAUGUUGACAAGGGCUGGAAAGUUAUGAAGGACAUCUCUGCUAGAAACUUGCGGUGGACAAUUACUGAUACAUCUCUCUCACCGGAUCGACACUAUCUUGUUUAUGCUAGUAUGUCACCAAUUGUCCAUAUUGUCAAUGUGGGAUCUGCUACAACACAGUCAGUUGCAAAUGUUACAGAAAUUCAUUAUGGAUUAAAUUUUUCUUCUGAUAAUGAUGAUGAUGAAUUUGGGAUUUUCUCGAUCAAAUUUUCAACAGAUGGGCAAGAGCUUGUGGCUGCAACUAGUGAUAGUUCGAUAUGUGUAUAUGAUCUUGGAGCAGAUAAGCUUAGCCUUAGAAUUCCUGCUCACCUGUCUGAUGUUAACACUGUCUGCUUUGCUGAUGAAUCUGGCCAUCUCAUAUAUUCUGGAAGUGAUGAUAGUUUCUGCAAGGUGUGGGAUAGGCGUUGCUUUGUCACAAAAGGAAAACCAGCUGGUAUCUUAAUGGGACAUCUAGAAGGCAUUACAUUCAUUGAUAGCCGUGGAGAUGGCCGUUAUUUAAUUUCUAAUGGAAAAGAUCAAACUACCAAAUUAUGGGACAUAAGGAAGAUGUCUUCUAAUGCCAUAAAUUUGGGCCUUGGAGAUGAGGAGUGGGACUACCGGUGGAUGGACUACCCUGAAUAUGCCAGAAAUUUGAAGCAUCCCCAUGACCAGUCAUUGACAACAUAUAAAGGCCACUCAGUGUUGCGUACUCUAGUUCGCUGUUAUUUCUCGCCAUCAUAUAGCACUGGUCAAAAGUACAUUUAUACCGGGUCCAGUGAUUCCCGCGUUUACAUAUAUGACCUGGUGAGUGGAGCUCAAGUUGCAAAACUUGAACAUCAUGAGGCACCUGUUCGAGAUUGUAGUUGGCAUCCUUACUAUCCAAUGAUGAUCACUUCAGCAUGGGAUGGUGACAUUGUUAGGUGGGAAUUUCCUGGAGGUGAUGAAGCCCCUGCUCCUCCAAAUAAAAGAGCAGGUCGAACUCGUAGGAGAGGUUUCUAUUAUAUUUAGAUCAUGUUCUUUGAUUUUGUACAUGUAUAUGGAUCCAUAUAUUUUAAUAGCUAUAUGGAAUUUAUGCAUCUUAACGUAGAAAGGGUCCCAAAGAUUGUUAUUUUUAUUUUGUGGGGAUUAAUUUUCUCAUUUUACACAUACACAAUACAUGAGUGAGGAUCACAAAAAAGUGAGAAGACAAAAAAAUCAAGAUGGGAUCCACUCAUGUAUUGUAUGUGUAGAAUGAGAAAAAAAUUUCAUGUAAAAUAAGAAAACUAUUUCCUUUAUUUUAUACCUUGUUUUCUGUAAGCUUUUUAAGCCUAUAAAGACUUGGCAAAUAUAUAAGGUAGUCCCUGUGUUCUUUCUUUAUCUCAUGCAAAGC